AGCAAAGUUUCGAUCUUUAUUCAUUUCUACGCCUCCUCCUCUGUUUUUGAAUGAAACCCAGAUCGGAAACUUCUGAAGAAGAGUUGUUUUUGUCGAAUGUUAGGGAGAUGAACCGGGAAGCGAAGAAGUUAUCUCAGCCGCAGCCGCCGGAGAAGAAGCUAAAAAGGGAGAAACUUCCGGCGAACCCGUUGAGGGGAUUGAGUACAAGAAGCUCUGGAAGCAGUAGUUGUAGCAAUGGGAGUGGUUCCGGGUCAACUAGUCACAGGUUCUUGCUCUCUCAUUCAAUCUCAUCGUCUUCUUCUUCAAUGGGUAGUAGUAUUAGACCUGUGAAGACAAUAGUAGCUAAAACCCCCAAGUCUGCUCCAGUUUUGAGUAAACCCUUAAUUAGAAAGAAACCAAAGUCUCUGGAGGAGACUAAAGCUACUGAGAAGCCUCAGAGAUGUAGAACAAACCCAACUUUUGGGAAGAGAGUCGCUAGUGGUAAGAUUAAAGGUUCGGUUUUGAAGAAGCAAGCUCCUGUUUCUAGAGAAGUUAAGCUUAAAGAUAAGGUUAGAGUAGAUGCCGUUGUUACUCCUGUAUCUAAACUUGGAACAGGAUGUGAUUUGGUUUCUAGAAGCAAUGGUAGAGUAAGCAAGAGUAAUAGUAGUAAUCAAGAGAAGACACCACCGGUACAAGCAUCGGUAUCUCCGGAGAUGCACUGCGGAACGUCUAUGAGUUUGUUGUCAGCAUCAGCUCAGUCACAAGCGUGUUAUGCUGCUGGGCAUUUACUGUCAGGUGUUAGUGAUAAGAGGAAGUGCAAGCCUAAAGGGAUACUCACUGUGUGUGAGAACGGUUUCGAGGUCGGUAAGGGAAAGAUAAUACUGAAUGAUUCUGAUGAGUUUGAGGAAGGGAGUUUUGGUGUUGGUGGAAGUUGUUAUGAUGAUGACAUCUCUAUGAUGCCUGCAUCAGUGCAGUGGCUUUUAUCUCCUUGUGAUGAGGAGAAAGAAGAUGAGAAGGAAAAGUAUGAGGAGGAUGGUUUCUCUGAGCUUCAGGAUAUAGUUGAGUGUGUUGGCCAUGAGACUCCUUCGCCACUAUCUGAUUUAUGCAACAUUAGUGGUGGUGGAAGAAGUCUUUCACCUAUGAGAAGGACUAGUUCUUCUCUUUCUCCGAACGAGCUUUCUCGGUUCAGGAGAUUCAUGCAGCUUUCAUCUCCUUCUGAGCAUUUGGGAGGAGACAAACGGUCUCCCUUGUCUACUGAUACGCUUGGAAGCGAGAACGUUAUUCAAACACCAGAGUCUAACUCAAGCUUGGAUAGUUACUUCAGACUCUCGUCUUCCCAAGCUGAGGUUGGUUCAGCUUUGGAGUCACUGGCAACGACUCUUCAGUCAGUCAGAUUGUCACCACAGGAACCGAGCAGUUCAAGUUUCAACUUUGAGUCUUUGGCCACAUCUUCUCAUUCCAUUGAUCUUUCACAGUUUCAUAGAGGUUUAGUUGAAGGUGAUGAUGCUCCUGCAGGAAAAGGAAGAGAACUGCUUCCAUGCUCUGCUGCUGAGUCAAUCAGCACUGAUGGUGGUGGUGGUCUGAUAUGUUCUGAGGAUUCAAAUUGGAUGGCAUGUUACAACAAGAGUUAAACUUCCUAGCCGAUUUAGUUUCAAGCAUCUGAAUGUUUCCUUGUAAGUAUGUUCACGUUAGCUGAAGGAACUUUCCUUCCUGUUGUUGUGUUUCUCUCUUGUCUUAUUCACACUUUCCACUUAUUGAACAUCAAUUCUUAUUCUAAGCGUUUUUUUUUUGUUAAACCAAUAAAAACAUAUGUUUUUCAUU